AUGAUAACAAGAACAAAUCCUCAGUCCUUCUAUUCAUCAGAACAUAACAAUGAUGAACAACUAUUUGCUAACGAACAAAUACAACGUUAUGACGCAGAUACAAUAAAAAAUCGUUAUGGUGAUAAUUGGAGAAAUUAUGCAUCAAAUGUACGUGAAAUAAAACAAGCAGACGGAUCGAUUGUGCGAGAAUAUAUUAUUGACGAUCCAAAUUUACUUCAAGAAAUAAAACCAUCAUUAAAUCCAACAUCAACAACAGGUUCAGACGGAGAACAACAAUUAUCAAAAAAUAAAUUUGCUCAAAUAAAAGCUAAAUUUGAAGGAAAAUCUUCAACAACUAUUAUGGCCUCACCAUCAUCAUCAUCAUCUUUAGCUAGUAGUAAUACAACAACAACACGUCAAAUUUCUGAUCAACAAGCAAAUGAUUUUUAUAUAAGAAAUCGACAAGUAUCAAAUGAUUCAUCAACAAUUAAUCGAACUAAUAUUGAAUUUCCUAUUGGAUCUCGAAUAUCUUCAAAUGCAAGUCAAAAUACUACAAAUAGUCAACAUUCACAUUCAACAUCAAAUUCAUCGGUUCGACGUUUGAAUUCAGUUGAUGACGCUGAUGAAGAAGUUCAACGUAUACAUCGACAAGGUCAAGAAUAUCGUCAUCAUCAAGAAACAUUAACACCAAUAUCAUCAAUACCUGAAAUUAAACAACAAAUGAAUCCUCAAUAUGAAAUUAUUGAUGAAGAUGGAAAUCCAAUAUCAAUUGAUGGUGUUGGUGAUUUAAUUAAAAUGUCAGGUGUUACAGCACGAGAAGUUCAACAACCUGAUGGUACAUUUGUUCGGGAGUAUGUUAUUGAUGAUCCAGAAGUAUUAUCGAAAAUUCGUUCACAACAAUCACCAAUGAUUUCUCAACAACAAAUAUCACGUGAAAAUAUUCCACCACCACCGCCACCACCACCACCACGUAUGCCAGUAAAACAACAGCCAAUGGUAUUUCAUCAUCAAGGUUCAUCAAUACAUGAUCAACAACCAUCUAUAAAUAUUGAACAUAUACGUGUACUUGAACCACAACGUCGUUAUCAAUAUAUAACAACAUCUGGUAAACGUAUUGAAUUUAUGAUUACAAAUUUAGGUCCAGAUAAUCAAACAAUUAAUGAUUCGGAUAUUCGUGAAUUAUCUAAUGCAAUUCAUACGCGUCUUAUACCACCAUCAUCAGCACCGUUAAUUUCAAAUACAACACAACAACCAUUUACUUUACCUAAACAAUGGCAUCCAGCUGUUGAUUUAACACAUCGUGAGGGACAACUACGACAACGAACUGGUUCAGAUAGUCAACCAAUGCCAAAUAAUUAUAAUAUGAAUUUUCAACAUGUACAACCUAUGCAAAUGGAUUUACCUCGUUCAACAUCUUAUGGUGCAGUUGAUCAAGGAGCCUAUCAACAACAAUUUGCACCGAUUUUUACAGAACCAAUUAUUGAUUGGAGUGCACUUCGCCAACAAGAUCCACAUGGUCAAAUUGAUCCUCAACUUAUACAACAAUUUAUUGCACAAAAACAUCAAAAUGAAGGUUUUCAAACAUCAGCUCAAUUUUUACCUGAACAAAGGCAACAACAACAACAACAACGCCAACAGCCUCUACAUCAACAACCAAUGACGAGAUCAAUGCAGUCACCAUCAACAUAUAACGCACCACCAUACUAUCAACAACAAGUGUCUUACCCUAAUCAAGGACAACAACAACAAGUGUCUUAUCCUUAUCAAGGACAACAACAACAUGGUGUUAGAAUUAUUAAUAAUACUAAUAAUGAUAUAAAUUAUAAUCAACAACAACAGCAACAACAACAACCGACUAUGGUUGCUUACGACCAUGCUAGAAUUUAA